AUGCGCGUCCUCAUCAGCGGCGCGGGCAUCGCCGGCCCAACACUGGCCUGGUUCCUCGCCCGCACCGGCGCGCGCGUCACCGUCCUCGAAAAGAGCGCCGCCCUCCUCCGCCAGGGCCACAACGUCGACGUCAACUACGGCGCCAUCAAGGUCAUCCGCAAGAUGGGCCUCAUCGGCGAGCUCAAGCGCUGGAACACGACGGAGAAGGGCACCAAGCUGAUCGACCCGCGCGGCCGCCCCUUCGCGCCCUUCCCGGUCCACCCCGGCGACGGGUUCAACCCGACAUCCGAGUUUGAGGUCCUGCGCGGCGACCUCUCGUGGUUCCUGUACGAGGCGACCAAGGCGCACCCGAACGUGGAGUACCGCUUCGGGGUGACUUCCAAGCGGGUUGUUGAGAACGGCGACGACUGCGUGCGGGUGGAGCUGAGCGGCGGCGAGGUGGAGGAGUAUGAUCUGCUGGUCGCGGCGGACGGGCAGUGGUCCAAGGUGCGGCGGCAGUGCUUCCCGGAGGAGGAGGUGGCUGUGGUUGACAAGGACAUGUACGUGGUGUACUCGACGAUCCCGCGCGUGGCCAGCGACGAUGACUGGUGGAACGUGUUCGUCGGCCUCGGGUCGCGGUGUAUCUCGCUGCGUCCCGAUCCGCACGGCACCAUCCGGGCCAUGUUCACGCGGAUGCCUCUUUACGACGCGCAGAGGCGGCUGUGGCAGGAGGCAGCGCGGAGCGACAGGAAGACGCAGCAGGAACUCGUCAGGAGGGAAUUUGCGGACGCGGGGUGGCAAGCGCCGCGGAUCUUGGAGGCGAUGGAGGACUCGGAGGACUACUACUUCCAGGCGCUUCAGCAGAUCAAGAUGAAGAGGUGGUCGACGGGCAGGGUCGUCUGUCUUGGUGAUGCGGCGUGGGCGCCGACGCCUCUGACGGGGAUGGGCACGUCGUUGGCGAUCCAGGGGGCGUAUGUGCUCUCGGGCGAGCUGAGCAAGCUUGGAGAGGGGGAGCAUCCCAGGAAGGCUCUGGAGGAGUUUGAAGGGAAGUUUAGGAGUUAUGUUGAUGAGACGCAGCAUAUCCCGUUCUUCUUCCCUGCUGUUGUGCAUCCUGAUGUGGCGUGGAAGAGAUGGCUGUUCCAGACGUGCGUGGCGGGUGUAGCGAGGGUUGUGGCGAAUCCGUGGGUUCAGAAGAAGUUUAUACAGGGUACUAAUGUCGAGGAUACGGAUGGGUUCACGUUACCGGAAUAUGAGAGGUUUGAAGUCGAUGGGUUUGCGGGAUAA